UUUUGCGUAUUUCAGAUUUGCUGGCCAGCAUUUGAACCAUAAUUUAUCUAAUGUUACUACGAAAGCUUUGAAAAAUUUAAGCUUUAACAGGUCGCUAGCAAUGAAAGGUUUUUAAUUAUAAUUUGUUGGUUAAUUACAAAAAAAACACCUUGUUAUUAACAUAUUUUUAAUUGACCCUGAUAGUAUUGUUUUUUUUUUCCUGUUUUUAUAUUUUUAUUUUGCCAUUAUCUCCAAAAUGUUAACUUUAUUUAAAGAGAAGGUAUUACAGGUUGCUAGGUUUUCUUUAUAAGAGCAUUUCUAUGGAUUACUGCAGGUAAUACCAGUUAUUUUUAUCCUGUCGAUAGAACGACAGUUUAUUAAAUAUUCAAACUCUGGAUCAGAAGAAUGGACAAGAAAAAUAUUACAAUCGUGCUGCUGGUCGUCAUUGUCGUUAUAGUUGCCGCAAUCACUUUAGGCGUCACAGUAAACAAAGGUGACGACGACGAUGGAAACAGUUCUGCUGUAAAAGCAACCAGCUCUACAGCUAUUACAACUAGCUCUACAGUUGGUACGACCAGCUCUACAGAUAAUACGACCAGCUCUACAGUUGGUACGACCAGCUCUACAAAUAAUACAACCAGUUCUACAGUUAAUUCGACCAGCUCUACAGAUAGUACGGCCAGCUCUACAGUUAGUACAACCAGCUCUACUGAGAGUACGACCAGCUCUACUGAUAGUACGACCAGCUCUACAGAUAGUGCAACCAGCUCUACAGUUGGUACGACCAGCUCUGCAGAUAGCACGACCAGCUCUAGCUCUACAGAUAGUACGACCAGCUCUACAAUGAGUACAACCGGCUCUACUGCCAAGGACUAUUACACAAAUGGUGCUGUUGCAGCAGAUGUUAAAAACUGUUCAGAUGUUGGUUUGGAAAUGUUGAAAGCAGGAGGACAUGCUGUAGAUGCUACUAUUGCGACUUUGAUUUGCGUAGGAGUGGUAAAUCUGCACUCUUCAGGUGUCGGUGGUGGAGGUUUUAUGACACUGUACGAUAAAGCAAAGAAAAAAACUGUAGUGUUUGACUAUAGAGAGACGGGUCCAACUGGCAUGCAUGCAGAUUCUUAUGCUCAUGACGAAAAUGCAGCGAAAGUAGGCGGCUUAGCGGUCGGCGUACCUGGUGAGAUCAGAGGCCUAAAAAUGGUUCAUGACAGAUAUGGAAAGUUACCUUGGGCCAAGUUAUUUGAACCGGCAAUAAAAAUGGCUGAAGAAGGUACCAGAAUAGGAAAGCAUAUGGCUUCAAAAAUGUCGUCAAGUUCUACAAAGGCAGCUAUUCUGGCAGAUCCUGGGUUAAGAGAAAUUCUGGUGAAAGAGAAUAACAUGUUAAAAGAAGAAGGAGAUAUUAUUGUUAACAAAAAAUUGGCCAAUACACUCAGAAUACUUAAAGACAAUCCAGAAGACCUUUACACAGGAAAUAUAUCGAAGUCAUUUUUAAGAGACGUCAAAAACUACAGUGGCAUUAUGACGGCGGAUGAUAUGAAAAAUUACGAAGUUUUAGAGAAAGUACCUAUAAAAACAACUUUAAAUGGAUUAACACUUCAUACAACUCCUUUACCAGGAGGUGGUUCUGUUCUAAUACACAUCUUAAACAUGGUAAAAGGGUACAACUUCAACGCAUCAUAUUUGGACACUGUUGAUGAGAAAGUGUUAACGUAUCACAGAAUUGUGGAAAGUUUCAAAUUUAGCUAUUCGAAACGUCCACAUCUGGGUGAUCCUGAUAAAGUACCUGCUGAGAAUAAAACUGAAUUUGAUAAAGUGAAAGAAGGCAUAAUAAGUCAAGAUUUGGCUGACAUGAAUCGCAUGAAAGUGAAUGACACUUCCACGCAAGAGAAUAGUUAUUACGAUCCAUUCUUCACGACAACUGAAAACCAUGGCACUACACACGUUUCAGUGAUUGAUAAAGAUGGAAAUGCUGUAGCAGCCACCGAUACAAUCAAUUUUUCUUUUGGGGCAAAAUUUCGAUCAAUGGAAACUGGUAUUAUAUACAACAACGAACUAGCUGAUUUUUUCUUAAACUCCACUUACGGUGAUACAUAUCCGACGCCAUUUUAUAACGCUCCAGGUGCUGGACGUCGACCUCUUUCAUCAACCUGUCCGUCAAUUUUAGUUGACAAAGAUGGAAAUGUUGUAAUGGUGGUUGGUGGUUCAGGGGGUACCAGGAUAACACUUUCUACCGCUUGGGUUAUCAUUAAAAAGUUGAUGUUUUCGUACAAUUUAACUUCGGCUGUGGAAGAUGCUCGUCCACAACACGCGUUUUUUCCAGAAUACAUUCGAAAUGAAAUAGGUUAUCUCCUCUCCGACGAUAUUGUGGAAGGUUUGGAAAAAAAGAAUCACAAAAUUCUAAAAUCCAGUCUUAAUGCUAUAGUUCAAGCUAUAUAUGUUGAGGGUGAGAAAAUUUACGCGAAAUCUGAUCCAAGAAAGGAAGGUGUGGCAGCUGGAUAUUAAUUUCGCACAUGAAUACAGUGUUAUACAAUUAUAUUUAAGGGAAAUUAGAAGAUUACAGCAUUCUGAUUAUAAUUCUACAUUAAUAACUCAUACACAAACCUGCGAAGUAAGAGACUAAGCAAUAGAUUUUUUCCACGUUACACACAUGCACAUAACUUUUAAUGUUAUACACGUUUGAUAAAUUUUAAAUGAUUUUAAAAUCAAUUUGA